AUGGGUAAAAUAUGGCAGACGGUUUCAGCUCUAAUUCUCUGUCUAGGCUUGUGGAUAAAGUGCAGUUUCAAAUAUAUUCAGAAGAAUUUCUGGUUCAGUGGUGGUUUAACCUGGAUUAAAUCCACUAGAAAAAAAGUGCUGGAUUAUUCUGGUGUUUCCAUAACGGGCGACACUGAGAGUGAAACAGAAACAUGGAAAAUAGACCAAGAGGCGAGAACCUACAGAUGCCAUGGAAAUGGUCCAAUGUUUACCAUCCAGACCAGCAUGCACCUUUUUUACGCUGACCUGGAGAGACUGGCUGACUGUAGUGAAUACUUCAAGGCCCUGUCUAACUCCUACAUGAGAGAACAAGCAGAACAUCAAGUGGACCUGUCCCACAUUCCCUCCAGUGUGUUCCACAAUCUGCUGCAGUUCAUCUUUCUACAGAGGUACUGUGUUCCCAAAGAUCUAAUAGAGGAGCACUUACGAGCGAGCAUGUACCUCUUGGUCCCAGACUUCACUCGUUGCUUGAUGUUGGCGAUCUCUAGUAUCCUGACUUCGAACACGUGUCUGAAAUACCUGCAGCUGGCCGAUGAGCUGUGCAGUUAUGAGCUUCAGGAAACUGUUCUGAUGUACCUGAGCACAAACCUUCUGGAGCUACCACACCUGAGCAGGGGUCUGGACGUCCACCUACAGCAAGAGAUUCUUCGUCUGAGGUCGAGGGGCUCACCGCGCCUUUGCUGCCUACGGAAAGAGAAUCUGGUGGCACAAAACAACCAAGAAGUGGAGUCUGCAAGGAAGCUUUUUAGACUGGAGGAGGAUGAUGGGAAAUGGAGCUCUGUUACAGAUCUACCUUUCAUUGCGGAUAAGUGGUGCUUCACUACAGCCAUCCUGUUUAACUAUCUCUAUUUAAUUGGGGGGUUCCGGCACAAGAUAAAGAGGGGAUAUGAGUUCAAGAUGGCUUCCUUCCGUUAUAAUCCCUUUAAAGGUAACUGGGUAUCAACGGCUCCUCUCAUCAAGCACAGACGCCACUUCAGUGCAGCAGUUUGUGAGGGGCACAUCUACGCCAUAGGGGGCUGGUAUCUGGACUCCCUGGUGACCCCCGACUCCAGCACGGGAGUGUACACAGCAGUGGAGCGAUAUGACCCGUGGACAGACUCAUGGGCCUUCGUCUCCUCUCUACCCCUCACGGACUUUCAGUUUACACUUUCUCUUUCCCAUGAUUCCCCCCUCACAACCAGCCUGGGAAGCUGCUUGUAUGUGCUGGGGAACGUCCAGAGAACCGGAGAGAAACUAAUACUACGCUAUGAUACAAAACAAGACUGUUGGAGCGAAUUGCUUCCCACACUCACUCGCACUCAUGUGAACAUGCCCAGCCUCCACUUCCUGGGAUCCACAGACAGGCUGAUUGUGAUUGGUGGAAACAACAUUGAAACUGUAGUUACAUCCUUCUGUGUGGAGACUCAGAAGUGGGGUGACAUCAGAAGAAUGGAAAAGACCGCAUUAAUCGGUCAAGGCACGGUGUUCAAUAACGAGAUCUACAUGUCAGGGAAUCAGGAGGGUGUAAUAUUUCGGCUAGAUCUCCGCUCUCUGUCUCUUUUCAGCCUUCCCCCGCUUCCUAUCUCCACCUGCUAUGAGAGUUGCUUUCACCUCUUCUACUGAACUGUGAACUGGUGUUCAGUAUUGUCUGAAUUUGAAACAUAAAAGAUAUUGAAAAGAUUUGCAACCCAAGCCCGAUAACACUGACCAUUAAGCACAGGGGGUUUUGAGGCGUUUAAGACAUGCAUGAAUCUUCAGGAUGUGUUGGAAGUGUAAAAAUGGUGCAGCCUGGACUUGUGUAUUUCUUGCUUGGUUUUUCCAGUUGACCAGACCACCUUUAACUGAGACUGAUCCAAACAAGUACGAGGGUUCUUCAAAAAGUUUCCGCACUUUAUUAAACUCUAUUUAUUAAUCAUCACCUUUUGAUGCAUUUUGAUCAUCAGCAAAAAAUGUUUUUGGUUGAGCGAUUAGCCACUGAUGUGCCGCUGCUUUCACAUCAUCAUCACAUGAAAAUCUUCUUCCUCUUAAAGCUUCUUUGAGUGUCCAAAAAGGUGGAAAUCAGAUGGAGCUAAAUCCGAACUAUAAGCGUCUCUCAGUCUCUCAGACAUGACCGAUUACUCCUACUACUACACCCUCACCGCUUAUAACCAAAACAUAAAAGUGCAGAAACUUUGUGAAGAUCCCGUGUAUAUAUUUGUAAAAGCCUUAUUAGAUCACUGUGCUUUGUUAAUGAUUAGAAUGAGAACUAUGUAUGUAUGGCUGCCUUUGACAUCUGGUUAUUUUUGAAUUGUUGUGGGUUGCUCGUUGCAUAGCUGCUCACAGCAUCACUGUCAGUGAGUGUGUCUACUGCACAUACAGAAAAGUAACAAACUUAAUUAAGUUUAAACAGCUUUAUUAUAACUCAAAUUCUUCAAAUUUCUGGAACCGUAUUGGAUCAGCACUUAUUCCAAAAAAAUCCCUUUGAUUGUUGUGAUGAUUUUAGUGGAAGGAAUCUUACACUUCAGCCCAAGAUUUUUCAUAGAUGUUUAACUAGGUUGGGAUCAGGUUCAGUAAGUAUUCAGACCCUUUGACUUUUUGCACAGUUUAUUUGUGCAAAAUUUGGGCGGCACGGUGGCUCGGUGGGUAGCACUGUCGCCUCACAGCAAGAAGGUUCUGGGUUUGAUCCCAUAAACAUAUAUUUGUUAUGUGCAUAUGAAUAAAACCAUUUAGUAACCUCUUAUGCUCUGUAAACAUGUGAAGAGACUACUGAAUACAGCUGAAAGUUACUUGAACAGGUACUAUUAUUAUUAUUAUUACUUUUUAAUCUAUGUAACAAAAUACAGGUAUAUUGGUUCUUGGAACCAAUGCCAGUUGUUUAAGAAAAUACAAGAACAUGUACAAAUACAAAUACAAUAACCAUGUGGGUUUUAUGAA